AUGAAGUCCUUCAUUGUUGGCGCACUGCUGGUGGCAGCGGUGUCCGCCAUUCCCAUGCCAGCACCGACUCCACCCGGAAUCCCCUCAGCCUCGACGGCGAAGACUCAACUGGCCGCCCUCACCGUCAAGGCCGCAGUCGACGACGGCAACUAUGACCGUGAUUUGUUCCCAACCUGGGGAACUGUCAGCGGCACCUGCAACACUCGGCAAGUUAUUUCCUGGUUUCUUUUACUUUUCAGCCGUAUCACCUUCAGGGAGUAUGUCCUUAAGAGAGAUGGCUCCAACGUGGUGACCAACAGCGCCUGCACGGCCACGUCGGGGACCUGGUUCUCGCCCUACGACGGAGCCACCUGGACGGCCGCAGCAGACGUCGACAUUGAUCACAUGGUGCCGCUGAAGAACGCCUGGAUUUCGGGCGCCAACACCUGGUCGGCUGCCAAGCGCACGCAGUUCGCCAACGACAUCGACACCCCGCAGCUGUGGGCCGUCACGGACAACGUCAACCAGGCGAAGGGCGACAAGUCCCCCGACGUGUGGAAGCCGCCGCUCACGUCCUUCUACUGCACGUAUUCCCGGAGCUGGGUGGCGGUCAAGUAUGCGUAUGGGCUGAGCGUCACCUCGGCGGAGAAGUCGGCCCUGUCGAGCAUGUUGAACACUUGUUGA